AUGUCCAGCCUCGACAGCAAGGCGGCCUUUAAGGCCAGGGCAAUCGAGCUCAACUUUCCCGAGGAGACCCUGACCAAGCUCGCAGCCAUCAAUGUGGACACGUUCGGAGCCCUAGCCUUUAUCGGGCCUCUUCAAGCUGGCACGACCGAUGAGAGUCCACUCAUCAGCAUGCUGAAACGUGCUUUGGGUUCAGCGCCGGACGACGGGCUUCUGAGCAUCGCUCGCCGCCUGUGGUUCGAAAGCACCACUCAGGCUCUCGCUGAAAUGCGUGGCAAGGUCGAGCGCACCGACGCUUCUGAACCAGUUCGGAUGCCUUUGGCCGAGCGCACACAACGCCUUGCUGCUCUUCAGAAGAGACUUGUGGGUAUUCACUGGACCUCUGACAUUGAGCCUUCCCACAAGCUACAAGGCUUGGUUGCUCAGAUGGUGUCUGAUCAGUCCUUGCUCUGGAUUCCGUGGGAUCGCCUCACAAGCCGAGCUUUGGAAAUUACGUCUGACAAAACCGAUCAGGCGGUCAGCUUCGACAGUGCCGGGAACCUCAAGCUCGUGAAACGGUCGACCGAGCCUUCCUGCAGUACCAUCGGCGAAUACGCCGUUAAGCUGGCACUUCAGCGGAGGAGUUUGGCCUUCGAACUGGCCAGAGUCUGCCGUUACGAGUACCUCGAGUCCUGGCACGACCAGCUGCUGCAAGAUACGCGUGGCUCACUGUCUAUGCGCUCAGAUGGCUCGUACCCCUUUGAGGCCUCGCUUGCAAAGUGGAAGGAUCACACGCAAGUUCAGUGCUACCUUCCGCUGAUGCGAUCACCGCCUCCAUCGCCGAAUCCACACACGCCCAACAUCCCACCCAACAAGGACGGGAAAGGGGGCGGCAAGGACAAAAAUCAGAAAGCUCUGAAGAUUCGCAAGGACACCCCCGGAGCGGAGAAACCCAGUGACUCAGGAGCCAAGAAGUGGAGCGUCCCGCAGGGUUGCCACUCGCAGGAUUCGACCGGCAAGCCGCUGUGUUUCAGCUUUAACACCAAGGGCUGCGGGUUCGCAAAACCCGGCAAGCGCUGUCGCCGUGGCCGCCAUCUGUGCUGGAGGCGUCUUGCGGCCGAGGAGUUGGCCGACCAGCUCCUUGCUCGGCCCACUGAACCGGUUCCGGAGGGCGCUCUGUUAGUUUGGGGGCUUCUGCUUUUUCAGGAUUUUACUUGCACAACCAUUGCAGUUUUCACAAACCUUCAAAAACAGCUUCACCAAGAUACCGCCAACGAUUCGCGAAGCUGCAACCUUCUUUAUCCGCUCUCCAAAUUUUCUGAAGGAGACGUCUGGAUCGAGUCCCAUCAGGGAAAGGUUCCUUUCGAACACCGGGGCGAGGUUCUCUGGGGAGACUCCCUGCCGGUGUCCCAGGGGCUUUGCUAUCUUGAUGCGCCGAACUGCCGACAUGCCACUUUAGCCUGGAAGGGCGAGCGCAGUAUUCUAGUGGGAUACACGGCCCAAGGGCCCCAGGCCCAUCCCGCCGUUAAGCCCUCCCUUGCUGUCGCUGACUCCUGCAAGCCUCUCUUCGUCGAGAUCUUCGCCGGCUGCGCGCCCAUAAGCAAGAAGGCGAGAUUGGCAGGUGCCCCGGAGCCUGUCCCGUUGAGGGACAACGAUCACAUUUUGGGCUUACCGAACCUGUCGGACACCGACAAGGCCUGGGUUCGCAAGGCCAACGAUCUGUGUCGCUUCGUUGUCGAGCUGAUUCGUGCCUUACCUUCUUCCACCUUUGUGAGCAUCGAGAAUCCCAAUAAUUCCUGGAUUUGGGGAGUGCUAGCUUUCUUCGUGCAAGAAUCUCGAGACCCUGCCCUACUCGAGAAAUGGCGUCGCAUGAUAGACGUGCGCUUUCAUAAUUGCAUGAAGGGAGGUCGACGACCCAAGCACAGUCGCUUUCGUUGCAGUGAUUCUCGCUUGUCUAGCAUGGCUGUGGAGUGCGACAAUCAACAUAGGCACGAUCCCUACCUGGUCUAUCAGACCGGCCGACAGUGGAGAUUCAGUAUCGCUGAAGAGGCGGAAUAUCCGCCUCAACUUUGCCAGGAGGUGUCGCAACUGCUGGCGGCGACAGCGGGUUUGCCAUCCUGCUUAGAACCGCCGGCAGGUCACGCGCUGUCUGGCCCCAACCACGUGGAUGCCGUCAAAAGGAACAUCUUCAGACGGCUGACCGAAGGACCAUCUGCUUUCGCUGAAGAGAGGCUCAGACUUUUCAACAGGCUCAACCAGAUGGAGAAAGAACUUCGCUACGAGGAGGCGCGACUGCAUUCAACCCUGCCUGACCACACUCGCGAACUCAUCAAGGGAAAGAACCUUCUGCUAUGGGCACAAUUGCUGAAGGAGACCAAAUUUCCUGAUGAAGGAGUCUUCGACUUGAUGAUGGGCGUCGAUUUGGUGGGCAAGCCAGACAAAUCACCCUUGUUUGAAACCAAGGAAUCGCCGGCUACAUCCACACCUGAGCUUCUCCUUGAAUCAGCUCGCUGGCGCAGAGAGAGGCUCAAGGGCCGCGAUCCGCACGAGAAAGAUCCGGAGGCGACCUGGCAACUCUGGGAUUGCACUCUAAAGGACCGGGACGACGGCUUUCUCACAGGGCCGUUCUACGAUGAGGACGAAGUGAAAUUCGAGAAGGAGGGCGGGGUCAACGAAGCUUACCAUAGCCUCGAAAAGCUCGCCUUGUUUGAUGUCAACUGGAUGACGGCGAUGGCGACUUACAUCGCGCGGGUCUCGGAUGGAACUGGCGCUUUGGAGAUUGUUCUCAGCACGGGAGAAAUUCUACGCGGAGAGCUGCACUCUUCUUGGAAAGCUAAGAAGCCCGUCUGGCAGGGGCGAACACUGGAGUUGGAAAAAGCGUAUCGUCAAGUUCCACUUUCAACGGAGAGCCCUCAGUCUUUCGAUGUGGGUCGGAAGGUCACGUCACUAGCACCUGUCGGGGUCCAAGUGUCAAGGUCGCUGCGACAUGUGUUCGCAGGCAAGGCAGUUGGAACUCUGCACAGUCGGGCUGAUCCGCUCAUACGAUACGUGGCAUGGGCUGAUAGGCAUGCAGUCUUGGCAUUUCCAUUCAAGGAGGAUGACAUGUACGAGUUUGCUUGUGAGUGCGAACAUACAUGCUCGCCGAGUUUCCUCAAAAGCUUCCUGAGCGCGGUGACCUUUUGUUUCUUCAUUCUUGGAGCGGAGAGCGCUCAGGAGGCGAUGGCUAGCAUGAGAUUGAGUGGUGUGGCCAGGGCAUGCUACUUGACAAAGCGGAAGAGGGUCCAGCGCCCACCGUUGUCGACUGAGAUGGUACAGCGACUUGAGAGGUUCGUAGUUUCCCCCGAUGGGGAUCGCAUUGAUCGGUUCAUAGCUGGAUUCUUCUUGCUCUCGAUUUUUAUGAGGGCCAGGUAUUCUGAUACACAGAACAUGUACAAUGUCAGCGAGGACAAGCCGCAGGUCGACCCGUCUGGGCUUGGAGGCUACCUUCAGGCCGACAUCGCACGCAGCAAGACAUCUUACACCACUGAGAGGAAAACUCAGCUGCUGCCGAUGGUGUGUCCACGCAAGGGUAUCGCUGGCGAAGAUUGGUUCCAGGCGUGGUCCAUGCUGAGAAAGGAAUUGAAUGUCCCUGUUGGAGAGGGGCUGCCCGUCCUGCCUGCGAUUUUGACCACCGGACACUGGGCUAGUCAUCCUCCGAGUGCUUCGGUCGCUGCUGGAUGGUUGAGAAACGUGCUCCGCAAGUGCGGAUUUUCUGAGGCUCAGUGUUCCCCUAUUGGAACGCACUCAUGUAAAGCGACUUGUCUAUCUUGGUGUGCCAGAUUCGGCAUCGACAGCUAUGAUCAGAGAGUGUUGGGGUAUCACACGGCUCCGGGCGACCGCAGCGCCCAAGUAUACAGCCGCGAUGCCGUAUCAGCAUCGGUCAGGGUGCUCGAGAAAGUCCUCGCGGCCAUUAGGUCAGGGACUUUUGUUCCGGACAGUACCCGGAGCGGGUACUUCCCCACGAAGGACGACCCCAACGCCAGCUACGACUACGAAGCUUCCUCAGAGGCGUCUCUUGAUGAAGAGGAUGCCGAGACCGAUUGUCAGGAGCUCGAGCUAGCGCUGGACGGGGUCGUGGAUGGUUGGUGUGAGGAAGCGCCUAAGCGCGAGUUGAAGGCAGAGCACUUGGUUCGCAAUCGGUCUUCACGCAUGCUGCACUUGAUUGCCGACGAGGGCGGAACUUCUCUGUCUUGCGGCAGGACCUGCACGAAGAACUACGAGAAGGUGGCCAAUUUUAGCUCCCGGGCUGCGAAGCUCGGCUUGAAAGCUGAGGUGCUUCAGCUGCUUGUCGAUGGUGGCGUCAACACUCUUGCCAAAUUUGCGUAUGUGAGCAGCUUCAUUCCGGGUCAGAGUGAUGAGGGUCCUUUUGUGACUUCCAUAAAGGACUUGUUGAAGAGGGAUGCUACCGUGGGGGAGCUUUCGGUGCUGCGCCGAUUGCACUCUGAGGCCUUUGCUUUGGUCGCGGCCGAGCUUAAAUCUCAGGUUGAGCGCACCACCGAUGCACCAGCGAGGAGCCUUGCCGCUCCUGACCGAGCAGAUCGUCUGGCUCGUCAAGUGGUGCGGUAUCCAGGCUUGACUAUCGCCGGGCCUAAUGAACCGAGUGACAGGUCAGUGGACAAGUGUUGUCAAAUGUAUGAAAACAAUCGCCUUACAUAUCUUCCGCUGAGUUGGUGCAUGAGCAAGGACGAUGAGACUCGGAAUUCCCGGGACAAGGAGGAUCGUACCCUCACAGUUGACAAUAGCGGUAAUGUCCACAUCAAGAACGCCGACAUUCGAGGUGAGGCCGACUUGAGCACUGACUUGUUACUUAAAUUCGCCCUCACUCGGCGAGGACUCGCGAUGGAACAGGCCGGAUUGUUAGGUUUCAAAGAACAUGAGAAAUGGGCUGAGCGCCUGUUGCACUCCAGAUAUCGUGAGGUGCCUUCGGGAUACACCCGAGUCAGCAUACAGCAGCUGCUUCAAGCCGAUAAGCAAUUGUUUGUCACCGCUGCUAAUGAGUGUCGCAGUGGAGUGCAAGUCACGGAGACCGGUCGUCCAUUGGACGGGGCGUGGAUGCGUUGCGCCGAUUUGACCGAGGUGUCUCAUUUGCUCGCUCCUCUCGCGUCGCCUCCUCCCGCUAAGAUUCCCUUUGAAAGACCCACUCCGUAUGGCCGUGGCAAAGGUCGGGGCAAAGGUUCUGGUAAGGGUAAGCAACCGUCGCGCCGCGAGGUGACCAUGCCAGAGGACCUAAAGGCAAUUGACAGGCAACAAGUGCUUCAGGGGUGCUCACGUUUGCUGCUUUUGUUACCAGCCCGGGCACUUCUACCCCAACUGCCCAAAGCGCAAUACCGAGCUGAUGAGGUCAAGGCCAUCGAUGAAAUUGAGUCGAUCAGUAGCGCAAGUCUUGAUCACGAAUUCAAGGGUUCGGUCGAGGAUCGAGCUCUGACCCUGCUGAACAAUGCUGGUGUUGUUUCCCCCACUGAUUUACUUGAGAUCUUCCAAUCACUCCCCACAGAGGCUUCCGUCCGAGGUGACCCAUCACAAGGGGUCUCCUUCUCGACAGGUGCCUAUUGCAGAGUCAAGGUUGGGCUGCGACGUAAUGUCUUGCUCUUCCCGAAUGUGACAAAGUUGGCCGCGCGCUUUGUGCGACAGCAGCUGCCCAGCUUAAAGUUCACGAGCUUAGCAUUCUUUCGCAACGUUCAAACCACACCUCAUGUGGAUGCGCAUAAUUCUUCUUUGCCCAAUGCUGUGUGUGCACUGUCUGACUUCGAUCAGGGACAGGUGUGGGUUGAGAGACCAGGCGGCCAAGCUUGGUGCGAUGUUGAUGGCGAACUACGCAGUGGAGUCGAACUCAGCUUGAAUGGGAGUCAUGCCGUCUUCACCGCUCGACGUUUGACUCACGCCACUAGGAAUUGGUCGGGUGAUAGAGUGGUGUUAGUUGCUUUUUCAGUCUCCGCCAUUGAUCACCUUAGUGAGACUGAUAGUGCCACACUGACCGAUUUGGAAUUUCAGCUCCCGAUGCAAGCCGACAUUCUUGAUGCCGAACAGUCACCUCCGGUUUGCUAUGAAGCGCCGGUCGUUACCGGGGGGUGUGCUACUGAUGAGUUUCCAAAACCACUCGGCCUCGCACAACCAGUGACUUCCCCGCCUCUAGCUUCCUCCAAGUCGGGUUUAGCCCCCGUAGCAGAUUCCGUAGUGUCUACUGGUCAGGUUCAGGCCAAGCCGGUUGACCAGCCUGGUAUUGUGCUCGAGCUGUUUGCCCGUGCAGGCUCUUUGUCCCGAGCCUUUCAUCAGAUUGGCUUUGAGGUCAUGCCCAUAGAUAGGGGAAGUCACCGGCUUCCGUUGGCCAAGUUGUGCUCACUGGAUCUUGCCUUGCCGAGCUCGUGGCAGUAUCUUUCGCAUGUGCUUGACAACUAUCAUGUUCGGUACGUGCACAUUGAUCUGCCGUAUGCCACCUAUGGACCUAAGCAGGGCCUCCGACGACUGUCCCAUGGAUCUGUAGUUCCUGUAGGAGGCGCCGACGCCUCUCAGGUUCAAAGGCUCGCAUUGGCCGACUCCUUGUUGGAACAUGCCAUCACCUUCUUAAAACGAGUUCAACAAAUGGGCAUCGCCUGGUCCAUUGAGCAUCCGCAGUCCAGCUUCCUGUGGCAUAUGCCUGCUGUGCGCCAGCUCACCAACACCACUCCCGUGGUGUACGAUUUGUGUGCCUUCGAUUCUCCGCAUCGCUUGCGGAGGCAACUGCUAACGUCUUGUAGUGCACUCAAGUGUUUACAACAAGUGUGCCAAGGUAAUCACAGUCACACGCCUGUGACUGGCGGUGUUGAUACUCAUCCCAGGCUUUUCUGUCAGCAGGUUGCCCACGCCGUGGCCAAACACUGUGGCUUUGACCCCCUUUUGUCUCCGCUGCAGUCCAGCCCUCCGCCUGUCACACAGCAGCGUCGGGGUAAACUUGGUGCGAGCCUCAUCAGAGAAUUUGGUCGCGUCUGCAGAUGUCGUGUGCCACAGAUUCCGCCUGUGGAUCAUAAAAAUUGCUUGCAGCACGCCAUCGGUGACAUCCCCGCAGGCUCCAAACUUCUCGCCACUGAGGAGACGGGGGAGUCGGGUGGCUUCGAACUUAGUGUUGGUGUGUAUGCAACACCGGAUGAGUUUCUGGAGGAGGCCAAAGGAUUACGGCAUCCCUUCGAGACGUUUGCUGUCAUCCCCGACGAAGUGAAACGAAAGCUUCAUGAGGCCUUGGUGAAGGGCCCUGAGUGGGUUGGUAGGCAACGUGUGGCCACUCUCAACAAGUGGUUAGAAUGGGCCAGGGAAUUGGAGGAACCAGAGUCCCGACUUAAGGAGGGCCUCGAACCUGGUGUGAGGUCUGUGUUAGGAUCAAAGAGGCUUCUCUUGCUCAAACGCAUUGCUGAUGACUUGAAGUGGCCCGACGAUGGAUGGUUUGAGGAUACUUGUAAGGGUUUUGGUUUGGUUGGUUGGCAGAAGCCCACUGGUGUCUUUAGAAAGGAGCCUCGUCCCCAGGAAAGGACGGCUGACGAGUUUACUAAGGCCUGUAAGUACAUCCGUCCGGCGCUUUUGGGUAAGGUUUUGUCCGAGGGUUUGAGUGAGCAUUCUUCGGAACUGUGGGAUAAGACUUUGACUGAGGUUGCCGAAGGGUUCUUGGAGGGACCACUUACCGAAGAAGAGCUGACGAGAAGGUACGGCGACGCAUGGGCCCCUGUGCGCCGGUUCGCCGUGAUUCAAUCUUCUGGAGGCAAGCGCAAGUUGAGACCGAUUGACGACUACUCCGAGAACUUAGUUAAUGGUUCUUUUUCUUAUGGGGAUAAGCUAGAUCUAAGGGCACUUGACGAGAUCAUUGCAAUAUGUCGCUUUUGGAUCCGAGCUCACACGACGGAGCAUCAAUUCUUUCUGGACAUGGCCAGCGGACCACCGUUGGUUGGUCGAGUGCACCCUGCUUGGGCGGGUUCGUCGUGGUGUCCUGAGCUGUGCACCUUUGAUUUGAAGAACGCUUAUCGCCAAUUUGCGUUGAACCCGAGCCAUCGUGCCUUCUCCGUCGUUGCCCUUCUCAAUCCGGAUAAUGGCGACUUGGGAUUGUUUGAGGGUAAGGCUCUGCCUUUUGGAAGCACAUCGUCCGUGCUCCACUUCAACAGGUUGUCUAGGUUGCUGUGGCGGAUAGGUUUGGAAGUCUUCCUGUUCUGGGCCAACUUCGUUGACGAUUAUCCAGUGAUGAGCCCGUGCUGUCUUUCAGGUUCCACCAUGGACACCUUGCUUGUGUUGUCCUCAGUGCUUGGUUUUUCCGCAUCCCUUGACAAAUUGAACCCAUUUGCAGACGUCGCCUCCAUGCUUGGGGUCGAGAUUGACUUGAAAGGAGCCAAGGAAAGUGUCAUUCGGAUUAGGAACAAGGAAGGCCGAUCCAGUGAGGUGUGUGAUGCCAUCCGUGAAUGCAUCAGUGAAGGUUGCAUCAAGAUGCGUACUUUUGCCAGGGUUGCAGGUCGUGUCCAGUUCUCCGAUGCGCAAGUCAUGGGGAGAACCGGAAAGCUCGCAUUGGCGGAGCUGAGAGCCGCUUCCACACGCCACGCCUCCCGGUUUGUCCUGGGUCCCCGCGAGAUCGAGGCUUUCGAGUUUCUCAUUGAUCGCCUGUCUUUCGGUUCCCCUAGGGUAGUCCCUUGUGUGGUUGCCCCUAAGCCUGUUUUGAUCUUCACGGACGGAGCAAGCGAACAGUCUGGCAACACCGUUGGAGGUAUUCUUUACUCUCCUUCUGAUGCGCGGCCCCGAUUCUUUUCUUGCGAAGUUCCUUGUGCCUUGGCAGACCGAUGGAGGCAGCAUCUGAAGCAUAUUAUCGGACCCGUUGAGGCGUACGCUGUCGCCCUGGCACGCAAGGCUUUCCACCAGUACAUGUCUGGACAGUAUUGCCUUUUCUUCGUUGACAACGACGCUGUCCUUCUCAGCUUUGUGCGAGGAACGUCUAACAGUGAUCACUUUCGAGAGCUGCUUCUCACAUGGGAAUGCUGUGAGAAACAUGGAUGCUUCUACGACGACUUCCCGCUUCUUGAAAUCCAAUCUUCUGCGAAGCUUGUUUCUGAAUCGUUCGAACACCUGCUGCGGAAGAUCGGGUGGAGGUAUUCCAACGACCCAGCCAAAACCUCGCCUUUCAAUGAGAGCUUCGAUCUACUUGGAAUACGUCUUAAUGCAGGCGACAUCUCCAAUGGCGUUGUGGUGCUCCAAAACAAGGCAUCAAGGCUGGAAAAGAUGAAAGAUACUUUCAUCCGCAUGGCGUUGAAUGGUGAAUGGGAUCUGCGGCAGAUUCAGUCGCUGCAAGGGCAAGUGAACUUCGCUUUGGGCUUUGCUUCAGGAAGGGCAUUGAAGAUGCUGCAGCGUGCACUUGGAAGCUUCAUCAGGAAUCCUGAAGAUCGCAGCGCGAGUGACUUCCGGACACUUUGCGAGUUCGGGAUCCGCUUGAUUGACGAGUGCAAACCAAGAGUCUUCGCCUGCCGGGGGCCGGAACAACCGGUGUUGAUCUUCACUGAUGCAGCUUACGAAAAAGAUGUCGCCACAUUCGGCGUGGUGGUCCUGGAUCCCUUCACUUCUUCUAAGCUAGUGGCCGGAGGUCGCAUCCCGAAGACUCUGGUGAAAUUCUGGAAGCUUGACAGCCCCGAACAGGUGAUUGCUCAGGCUGAAGCUUUCGCCGUGGUCCUCGCAAGAGAAGCUUUCAGAAACUUCAUACAUGGCAGGCGAACCAUUUACUUCAUCGACAACGAGGGAGCGAGAGAAGUCUUGAUCAAAGGAGCGAGCAAGUCACGUACGCUUCUGCUUUUGGGAGCACGCUUCUUCGAGAUGGAAAACUUGGAUCAAAGCUUGACGUGGCUAGAGAGGGUUCCAUCUGCUAGCAAUGUGGCAGACGGGCCGAGUCGUGGUGAGAUUGCCGAGACAGCGAAAGUCACUGGUGGCACGAUCGUUGAUCUGCAGGAGAAGGCAGAAGAACUUGGAGAGUUGUGCAAAUCAACUGUACAGAUACCUUGGAAGCUGCUCAAGUAA